AGUUGCACUUUUGGACACAACGUUUACAUCCUUAUCUUUUCAUGUUACUCUUUAAUAAACAGUACAGCUAGAGGCAGAAUGGUGCUAUAUUUUAGCUGCGGUUUGUUUCUGCUUACGUUACUUGUUCUGCCGGGCCUAUUGCUCGGGGACUUGGUAUUUUAUUGUCCGAAAUGCACUGCGGAGCGCCAAACUGCAUGUCCUAAGCUCGCCACCAACUGUACUGAGAUAGUCAGGGAGCCCGCCUGUGGCUGCUGUCCGGUGUGUGCCCGGUUAGAAGGUGAAUUCUGUGGCGUCUACACACCGAGGUGUUCCACAGGGCUGCGUUGUUAUCCCACUGUAGAUUCAAAAUUGCCCUUGGAGCAGCUGGUUCAGGGGUUAGGGCGAUGCUCACAAAAAGUGGACACAGUACCCAACCGCACUGAAGAGCACCGGGACACGAGUGGGGAGCUGCCGGGCACUGAGGGCCCCACUAUGAAGAAUCCGACCAAAGAUGUCAGGAUCUGGAUAUGGUCCAAAGAUAUGGCUCCAAAGCAGGCCCAGAACGAGCUCAAAACCAAGAUGAAGACCAACAACUGUCCCGAGGAACCUAAGACCCAGCAGCCCAUGAAGUGCCACAUGUCCACCCACGGUCAGCGGGGAGAGUGCUGGUGCGUUAACCCCUUCACGGGUGUCCAGAUCGCCCAGUCCACCAAGGUGCGGGGGGACCCCAACUGCAGCCAGUAUGUGGAGGAGCAGGAGAUGGAGACUGGAACACAGUCCACUGCCGUCCUGCAGAUGGCAGAGAUAUAACAGCACUUCACUCACACACAGAUACCCCCCCCACCCACAGUGGAACGGUCCAAAUUGACUGACAGCUGACAUAGUUGUCAUGUGCAUGGGUUUCUUGCAAUGUAGCUGUUACGUUCCCUGUCCCUUGCCCACUAAGAUGCAAAAGAAAGAUAAACUCGCCAAAGGUGCUUCAACAAAGUGCUGAGUAAAGGGUCUGAAUGAUUAUGUAAAUGUCAUAUUCCAGUUUGGUAUUUUUGAUACAUUAACUAAAAAUUCUAAAAAACUGUUUUUGCUUUGUCAUUAUGGUGUACUGUGUGUAGAUUGAUGAGGGGAAAAAACAAUUUAAUACAUUUUACAAUAAGGCUGUAAAGUAACAAAAUGUGGAAAAAGUCUCAUCCCUAUGGAACGAGUGCAACCAAAACAAUACUCAACUCCAACACAGCAAAACGUUUAGUCAAAAAAAAUUGUGAGCCCGGGCUACACACCGACCAAACACAAAACACAACCUAUUGACUGCCCACCAUUGAAAGUCAAUCAGCAAUCAAGUUGUCCUUACCAUGGACAUGUCUGAUUUCAAGGGGGAAACUCUUGCAAUAUUCGUAGCAACUUUCCUCUCGUGAUUUUCCUCAGUGGAAUGGCCUCAGGGAAACGAGUGGCAGCCACAUGAUGGCCAAGAGAAACUGUUAACCUUUCUUUGCUUUGGGCAAAGGACCAACAUAAUCCACCAGAACCCUGCUGAAACGGUUGUGAAAAGCAGAAACAGACUGCAAAUGUGCAACCAGUAACAGCUUGGGUCGGUGUACCCAUCAUCUGGCAAAUGCGAUGAUUUACAGUAAACCAUAACAUCCUGUUUCAGACCAGGACAGAUGAAGUUACGCAAAAUACAUUCAUACGUCUUGUUGAGCCCAAGACUAUGGGUCUUGUUGAGCACAAGACUAUGGGUCUUGUUGAGCCCAAGACUAUGGGUCUUGUUGAGCCCAAGACGGCCAUACUACCAUUGUGAGCCAACCUCAGUAUCUCUUGUCAAAGCGCAACUGGAACGACUUGAGACACACUUGGCCAAUUAGACCACCAUCUCUGUCAAAGUAACCCACAUGAACUUCAUCAAACUCCUCCUCUGGAUGUAUAUCAGCAAAAAAGAGGGAAAAGGGAAACCUUUUUACUCUGCUCAGCAAUCAAAUGCUUCCUAGUCAUCGAAGUAUCGCAUGUAGGUACCCUUUCUUCCUUCAGUGGUCCUACAAACUCGCUUACCUUUGACUUGCUACUUGCAACUUUCUUAGACAUAGUACGUGUAACGGCACAUGUUGGGGACAACCUAGGGUACUUUUCUGAUAACCCAUCAGGUUCCUCUACUCUGGGUUCCUUACAAAUGACAGGAUUUGGCACGACCUUCUCUCCAGCCAAAUCAUUUCCCAAAAUGAAUGAGACCCCCUUCACCGGUAGGCUAGGCUUCACUCCACCGACAACGGAAACAGAAAUAAGAUCAGACUCGAGUUCCAAGUUAUACAAAAUCACUUUCACUUUCCUUGUACUAACACAUUGUAACCAGUUGCUGAAGUGUCAGACAAAGGCAAAACACCCUCCUAGAUGAAGUACUGGGCCGGCCCAGUGUCUCACAGAUGCUUAACAGCAUCUCCACUCUGCAGAGACACAAACGCGUCUGAAACAAAGGGUUCAUACACACCUGAUCCAAAAUCUUGUUUAGGAGAUACACCAGUCCCAACCAGAGAAUUAAUGUGCUGGUGUGCUCCCACAAGAAGAAAUGGCUUUUUCUCUUUAUCAUUUUAUGUUUCACCUCAGGACACAGAGACAGUUUGUUCUUUCUAACGGCAGUAAUGACAAGCUGGUGGAUACGAAAAAACAGUUUUCUGCCGAUCUUUAUCUUUGUGUACUGUAGAAAUGAAUUAAAAUCUUGCAGUAUUA